CAAAAGAAAAAUUAAAAGAAGUCUCUUUUAUCUUGUUACUCCCUCACUGUAUUUAAUUCCAGCCUCCUCUACUUGUAAAAAACCCUAAAAGGGUUAUUAUAAGAACCAAUAGCCGCCGCUGGAUUUGAUCUUAGCCGUAAACUCUUUCUCCAUAUAUUCCAAGCUUCUUUUCACUCUCAUCUUUGAUCUCUGCUUCAAAAACAAAGCUUCCUCCCCUAGCUAUGUUUCUGUAUUUUUAAUUCUUGUUGUUUUUGGUUUUACUUGGUAAACAUGAUGUUUUUUGUUGAUUAAUUUUAUGAUAGCAAAAUUUGAAGAAAAAUCUUAGUUUGGGUUUUGGUGUUUAUGAAUUUGGGGUGAUUAAAGUUUUGCCCUUUCACCCGUUUGGUAGCUUGAAGUUAGCAUAUUUGGAGGUUGUAAAUAUGGAUUUUAGGUGUAUUACCGUGGAAAAGUUUUAGUUUUUCCGGUUUAGUAUCCGAUCAUUGAUUUUGGGAAUAUUGUUAAAGCUUAAUGAUCAUUUAGGAAUUAAGAAUGUUAUCUGGAUUGGGUAGGAGACAAAUGGUAGGAAGUGGUGAAGGAUCAUUUGAAGAUGAUAUGGAGUCGGAGAUGGGGUUAUUGCUCAGCGAACAGCGGAGAAAGCAAGACGCUGAUGAUCUCGAACGAGAGCUAAACAUGUAUAGAAGUGGCUCUGCACCUCCUACCGUGGAGGGUUCACUGAGUGCAGUUGGCGGGUUGUUUGGGGGUGGAGCCACUAUUGUUGCUGGUACUGGUGGUGGUAGUGGGGCUACCGCUUUUUCAGCUCUUGUAGGAGCUAAAAAUGGAAAUGGUUUUGCAUCUGAGGAAGAGCUAAGGUCUGAUCCAGCUUAUCAUUCAUACUAUUACUCAAAUAUGAAUCUCAACCCAAGGCUCCCACCCCCUUUGCUUUCCAAGGAGGACUGGAAGUUUGCACAGAGGUUGAAAGGAGGGAGUUCAGUGAUUGGUGGGAUUGGAGAUAGGAGAAAAGUGAAUCGGGACGAUAAUGGUAGCAGUCGGCUGUUGUUUUCAAUGCCACCAGGGCUUGAUGCCAGGAAACAAGAGAAUGAAGUAGAUGCAGAUAACGUGCAUAGCUCAGCAAACUGGGGUAGUGAUGGACUGAUUGGUUUGCCUGCUGUAGGACUUGGCAGCAAACAGAAAAGCCUCGCUGAAAUUUUUCAGACUGAUUUGGGUCACUCUGCUCCUGUCACAAGGGUACCGUCUUGUCCUGGUAGUCGAAAUGCUUUUGAUGAGAACUUUGAGAAUUUAGGUUCCGCCGAACCGGAUCUGUCUCAUUUACUGCAUGAAAUGGCUUCUGCAGAUGCUUUAAGGUCAAGUGUGAGUGUUCAAAGUUCAUCUGCUGUCCAUACCGUUGUUCCACCUUCUUCAUACACUUAUGCUACUGCUGUAGGGGCUUCCUUGUCUAGGAGUACAACUCCUGAACCCCAAAUUGUUGCUAGGACUCCCAGUCCUUUUUUGACACCAAUUGGUGGAGGCAGAGUCGGUAAUUCUGACAAAAGAAACAUGAAUGGUCCAAGCACGUUUGGUGGUGUUACAUCUGGUAUCAAUGAGUCUGCAGAUCUGGCAGUUGCUUUGUCAGGCAUGACCCUGUCAUCAAAUGGUGCACCAGAUGUAGAUAAUCAGUUACCAUCCCAAACUGAACAAGAUGCUGAAACUCACCAGAAUUAUUAUUACGGUUUGCAUGAUGGGCAGAAUUAUUUCAAACAGCAGACAUACUUGAAGAAGGCUGAAUCUGGGCAUUUAGAUGUGCCUUCAGGUAAGAGUAAUAGGCAAGCUGAGUUUCAGAAAUCUUCUGCAUCCUCGAACAAUUUUUACUUGAAAGGAUCUCCUACUUCCACUCUCAAUGGCGGAGGCAGCAUACCUACUCAGUUUCUGCAUGGUGGUGCAAAUUCAUCACUUCCAAACUAUGGAUUAAGUGGUUAUUCUUUAGAUCCUGGUUUGGCUUCUAUGAUGGCUAGCCAACUUGGAACUGGCAAUCUACCAGCUGCAUCAGCUAUACCAGUCCAUGGAAUGGACUCCAGAGUGUUUGGGGGAGGCUUGGGUUUUGGACAGAACAUUUCAAAUCCUGCAUCCGAGUCGCAUAAUCUUGGUAGAGCUGGAGGCCAGAUAGCUGGGAAUGCUCUGCCUGCACCUUAUGUUGAUCCUAUGUAUCUUCAGUAUUUGAGGACAUCUGAUUAUGCUGCAGCACAACUUGCACCUUUUAAUGAUCCUUCUAUGGAUAGGAACUUCCUUAGUGACUCCUACAUGAACUUGCUUGAGCUGCAAAAGGCAUAUUUCGGGGCUUUGCUAUCACCACAGAAAUCUCAGUAUGGUGUUCCAUUGGGCGCUAAAUCUGGUAGUUCUAAUCUUCAUGGGUUUUAUGGAAAUUCCACCUUUGGAGCUGGCAUGUCAUAUCCUGGAAGCCCCUUAGCAAAUACUAGUAUUCCAAACUCUCCAGUUGGACUUGGCAGUCCCAUCAGACACAGUGACCUGAAUAUGCGGUUUCCUUCUGGGACGAGGAAUCUUGCUGGGAGUGUCGCGGGAUAUGCAGGAUAUAACCUGUCUGAGAGCUUCGCCUCCUCCUUACUUGAAGAGUUUAAGAGCAAUAAAACAAAAUGUUUUGAACUUUCAGAAAUUUCGGGUCAUGUUGUUGAGUUCAGUGCGGAUCAGUAUGGCAGCCGUUUUAUUCAGCAAAAACUUGAAACAGCUACAAUUGAAGAGAUAAAUAUGGUUUAUGAGGAAAUCAAGCCUCAAGCUCUUGCUUUGAUGACUGACGUGUUUGGUAAUUAUGUCAUUCAAAAGUUUUUUGAACAUGGACUUCCAGCUCAGAAAAGAGAACUUGCUUGCAAGCUUUUAGGUCAUGUUUUAACACUCAGUCUUCAAAUGUAUGGUUGUCGAGUGAUUCAAAAGGCCAUAGAGGUUGUCGAUCUGGAUCAGAAGAUUAGCAUGGUUCAUGAGCUUGAUGGUAGUGCUAUGCGGUGUGUACGAGAUCAAAAUGGCAACCAUGUGAUCCAGAAAUGUAUCGAAUGUGUUCCGGAGGAAAACAUUCAAUUUAUAGUCACUGCAUUUUUUGAUCAAGUUGUGACACUGUCCACUCAUCCGUAUGGGUGCCGAGUUAUACAGAGAAUGUUGGAGCACUGCAAGGAUCCAAAAACACAAAAUAAGGUUAUGGAUGAGAUUUUAGGAUCCGUCAGUCUGUUGGCGCAAGACCAGUAUGGCAAUUACGUUGUCCAGCAUGUACUGGAGCAUGGAAAACCUCAUGAGCGCUCAAUCAUAAUUAAGGAGCUGGCUGGAAAGAUUGUCCAGAUGAGUCAGCAGAAGUUUGCAUCUAAUGUUGUCGAGAAGUGCUUAACUUUUGGUGGUCCUGCUGAGCGUCAGCUAUUGGUGAAUGAAAUGCUUGGUUCUACUGAUGAGAAUGAGCCUCUUCAGGCAAUGAUGAAAGAUCAGUUCGCGAACUACGUUGUACAGAAAAUGCUAGAGACUUGUGAUGACCAGCAACGGGAACUGAUCCUUUCUCGAAUUAAGGUCCAUUUAAACGCAUUGAAGAAGUACACUUAUGGGAAGCAUAUUGUUACGCGUGUAGAGAAACUGGUUACUGCUGGAGAAAGGAGAAUUGCUGCUCAGUCUCUACACCCGUCUUAAGUCGGUAUAGGGA